AACGGAAACUGAUAAUUUCAUUAGUUUACUAGCGUUGUUGAUCGUGUAGAGAAGCGGCGCAGGCAGCGGACAAGCUUCUACGACCAGGAAACAUUAUCGUAAUUUCGUUGCCGAUAAACACACGCUCCGAAGCCGGAGCCCACUACGCCUACCUACCUACGGUUGCACGCGGCUAUACACGGGUACUCGGGACUGGAUCGGGAGAAAGAAAAAGAAGAAAGCAAAGAAUUGAUACAAGCGGACGGGAGAGCAUUAACAUCGCGGUUUAAUUCCUGUUAGACUCGUAAUUACGCGGCCAGUGAGGAUAUGUGUAAAUGCUCGCGAAAGAUGUACGCGCCGUCGCCCGUACCCUUCGCAAAUCUCACGGGACAUUGUCGGAAAGUGACGAACGCGGUCCCCCACAUCGGUAACCGUGUCGAACGUCGUCAUCUUGGUCGGCGUAGUUUGGAUAAAAAGGAAUCGCCGCGUUCAUCGUUCCUCGGUACACAGAGACAGAGAAUGAGAAAUGUCAUUAGGUAGAGAACAAAGUCAAGUAUCGAUACCGCGGUCUAAUCGUUGCCAACUCGUCGCGUUCAGCGUAGUCUCGUUCUGGUCUGGAUAGCGUGAGGCCGCGGUCUUAAAGAUUUGCACCCAAUUAUCAUCGUUAAGCCGCGGGGAUGUUACCCAAACGGUCACAGUUUCUCUCGUUUCCAAAGACAGUUAGAACGUCGCGCGCGCAGCUUUAAUACUGGAUCGACGAUCCUUUACGAUCGUUACAGCCAGCUGCGCGGCUUUAACACAGGAUCAGCGACCAAGACCGGCUGAUUCAGUAACAAAUGUACCGGUGCUGCUCGCACCGCCGGUCACGUCUUGUUCAACACACCAGCGAGAUACUUUAUCGCUGAUAAUUCGAAGCCGGCCUCGCUCAGGGACGCGCUCAACGCUCAACUACACACCAUUUACAUUCCCGUCAUGAUCACAAACGGAUUUUAUACGCCGGCUAACUAAAUUCUGGCCGAUCGCGUGCUGCUAGAUGCACAGGUGACGCGCAUCGCUUUAGGGUAUGCGCGCCCGAACCGCCACUGACUACUAAUUAGACGAGGACGCGUUCUGUUCGCGAUCGCUUGUCUAUUUUCACAAGUGAACGCGUUACGAUCGCGGUAAUUUGCCAACGUCGGGACAGCUACUCAAAAAAAGCUCUGUAUUUAAUCCGUUCGACGGCACUCGUACGGAAUCAAAAGUUACCAAAUUUAUGACCCGUCAUCGGCGUACGUCGACUACAUGUACCAGGCAGGCCGAUGCGCGCCGCGCCGAUCAGCCACCCAUCGCGAAUCGCCGCCGAGCAAGGUGCGCUACGCGGAAAUCGAUGCUGCCAUACUUAAUCGGCCCUCGGAGCUUUUUUUCCCGGUUUGACGCCGCGGCACACCGUCGUUCUCCGUCGUUCUCUCGAUCUACGACGAACGCCUGCCUCUUUUAAAAACCAGUGGCAGAACGGGAAAGUUUUCACGACUGAUCGAGUUACCCGAGAUCGUCAAGCUCCUUGUCGAACGAGACGAUUCUUCUUUAUUUCGACGUGUCAUCGUGUCAGAGUUCUAUAUCCAGUUUGAAGAGAAUUUUCAAUACGGUUCAUCCGAGUCUGUAUAGUACACGUUAUUGUACAAUAUCAUCGUUAAGCGAGCUCUCAGCUCUCCGGUCCGGAAAGUUGAGAGUCACACAGAUUGGACCGGUCACCGGUUUACUCUACUCGCGCGUAUCGUCGCAACAGCAAGGAGACUCUCGGGCGAGCCGCUUCAGGAGCGAGCAAGGUGUAACGUCGAAUCGAUGUGCCAUAAUCGUCUCGACCGAGGUGUCUCUCGUUCAAGUCCCCGCGGCGGCAUGGCGCGCGGCGUCAGCCGUGCUCCAGCCCACGAAACUGGUACUACUCGUACACCGUCGCCGUACCUGUGCUCACGCACUCCUUUUCUAUACCGGGUGAGGCGUAGAUCCUCACCCGACCCGACGUCCACAGUUUCGUUUGAUGCAAAAUGGUUUCCGGCAACCUGCUCAUUAUUCUGAGAUUAUCACUGCUCGUCGCAGCAUCGACGAUGCCGGGGACAUGGAUAAACGUCGGUCUGCAACACUUUCCACAGCUAGAGACCGCUCAGAUGAUAGAGACCUUCGACGUGGCAGCUUCCAAUAUUUGUCACGGGUUGAAAGGAUUGUCGCAAGGUCAAGGGAAGCUGUGCCAGCUGUCCGUGGACCACAUGCCGAGCGUGGCGAAGGGUGCCAAGCACGGGAUUCUCGAAUGUCAGCACCAGUUUCGCGAUCGUAGAUGGAACUGUUCCACGGUCUCCGACGAGUCCGUCUUCGGACCUCUGCUCAGAAUAGCAAGUAGAGAAGCGGCGUUCGUGCACGCGAUCACAGCUGCAGGGGUGGUGUACUCGAUCAGCCGAUCCUGCAGAGACGGACAAUUAUCCUCGUGCGGGUGCUCGAGGAGCAGCAGACCCCGAGAUCUGAAGCGAGACUGGAUCUGGGGUGGCUGCGGAGAUAAUCUCGAAUACGGUUACAAAUUCACGCAAGCGUUCGUCGACGUGAAGGAAAAGGAACGCAGCUACAAGAGAGGCAGCAGGGAACAAGGCAGGAGCCUGAUGAAUCUUCAUAAUAACGAAGCCGGCCGCAGGGCUGUUAUUAAACGAUCGAAAGUAACGUGCAAGUGCCACGGUGUUUCUGGGAGUUGCAGCCUGAUCACUUGCUGGCAGCAACUCGCUUCGUUCCGAGAAAUUGGAGAUUUUCUCUUGGACAAAUACGAUGGCGCAACCGAAGUCAGAGUAAACAGACGCGGUCGUCUCUCUAUGCGAGAUCCAAGAUUCUCGUUGCCUACUGCCAACGAUCUAGUUUACUUGGACGACUCCCCGAAUUACUGUCUCCCUAACGAGACUCUUGGCUCGUUAGGUACGAACGGCAGAGUUUGUAACAGGACGUCGUCCGGCAUGGACGGAUGUAAUCUUCUUUGCUGCGGUAGAGGAUACAAUACACAGAAAUCAACGGUGAAGGAAAGAUGCGAGUGUAAAUUUCACUGGUGUUGCUACGUCGAAUGUAAGACUUGUGUUAAAAGCAUAGACGUUCAUACUUGCAAAUAAAACUGGACCUCUCAAUCGUGCCGAA